UCUUUGAAGAAAAAUUAUAAAAACAAAAGGUGUAUGCUGGAGUUCAGGCCGUUAAUUCCAAGGCGAAAAAGGGAAAAUUAUCAUCGAUCUUUCAUCCACCAACAAAUUACUACUAAUCUUUUUCUUUGGAAUUUCAACCCCCCACCCCAUUAGAAAAGAAAAAGUAUAGCCAGCCUUGUUUAGAGAUUCAUUCAGUUGUUUAGACAUGGAGUGUUGUUUAAAGAUUUCAGCAUCAAUGAACUUGUUGUUACCCCAACAUUUGAUAUCCACAGGCUUUCGCCAUAAUAAUAAUAAUGCUUCAUUUCUCAAGAUUGUAGCUACUGUUUCACAUAAUGGCCAUCCUUCUUCUACUUCACAGCUUUCUUCUUCGAGCACAGUAAGGGAUAUGCAUAGAAAAUUAAGCAGUGUUGAGUCCCGCUUUUGCUAUGAUAAGCCUAUUCCAGAGGAGAUUAUUGAGAAUCCAGUUGGGUUGUCACUAGGAGAAAAGUGCAUUGGCAAUAGAACCCGUUGCCCUGAUUGUGAAGCCAAGGGUGCUAUCCUUUGUGUCACUUGCUCUGGAUCUGGAUUAUAUGUUGACUCUAUAAUGGAGAGUCAAGGUAUUAUUGUCAAAGUUCGAUGUGUAGGUUGUGGUGGAACGGGUAACAUAAUGUGUUCAGAAUGUGGUGGCCGCGGGCAUCGUGGCCUUGCCUAAUAACCCUUGGCUUCUUGAUCUACAUUGCAUAAAGAUGUCAUCUUUCAUAUAAAAUCCUCAUGUCUUGUAAGUUUAUUUUUGGUUUUCUAAUUUCAACUAUUCUAUAAUUGAAUUUUAGUCUGAAAGUGUUGCUCAUAGUAAUGAUUCUUUUCACUGUCAUCAGAAUAUUGAAUAUAAAUAUUAAGGAACAAGUUUUUGGUAAA